GUACAUUUGCUCUCUCCUUUCUUUUCCAUCUAAUUUCUACCUGCAAAAACAUCAUCCUCUCUCUCUCAUCUUCUUCCUCGAACCGUUGUCCUAAUUAUUCAUCCUUUUCUUUUUUUCAAUUAUAAGCGUUGCUGCGUUGGGCUGCAAAGUUCCUAUCUAUCUUCCUCUUGUUGUCUUGUCUUCCUUCCCCUGCUUCUCUUUCCACCUGAACUGUACCCUUUCCAUUAUACUCAGCUAAACACUCUAUAUUCCCAUUAAUUCUAUCUCUUUUAUGUCUUUUGCAUUCUACCCAGAUCUUGUUUCUUUCUUUUCUUUGUCAAUACACCAGAUACAAUCACUACUCUUAUGAUAUGAGAAACACCCGCAUGUUGAAAGUAGUCCUUGGGCUGACUUCAGCCACUAUUUUUCUCAUUUUCAUUGUCAUAGUUUUCUUUUACCUCAAAAGAGCUAGAAAAGGAGAGCAAGAUGACUUGGAAGUAAACAAUAACCACAAAAAUGGAGCGGAAGACAUUGAAAGGGAGGAUCUUGUAACUUUCCAGGGAGGUGAAGAUCUUACAAUCUGUGACAUUCUCGAUGCGCCUGGAGAAGUAAUAGGUAAAUCAAAUUAUGGAACUUUAUACAAGGCCUUGCUGCAGAGGAGUGGCUUGGUGAGGUUGCUCAGAUUUUUAAGACCUGUGUGUGCUGCAACAGAUAAGGAGUUUGGUGAUUUGAUUGAGUUGCUAGGGUGCAUUAGGCACUCCAACUUGGUGCCUCUUUUGGGAUUUUAUGCAGGGCCGAGAGGUGAGAAGCUUCUUGUUCAUCCGUUUUAUAAGCAAGGGAACCUGGCUGAGUUUAUUAGAGGUGGAAAUGGUGAGUCUCACAAAUGGACCAUCAUUUAUGGGAUCUCCUUUGGUAUAGCUAGAGGAUUGGAUUAUCUCCACACAGGAUUGCUUAAGCCCAUAAUUCAUGGAAACCUUAAGUCGAGGAAUAUAUUACUGGAUCGGAAUUACCAGCCAUACAUCUCUGAUUUUGCAUUACAUCUUCUAUUAAAUCCUACUUCUGGGCAAGAAAUGCUCGAAGUUUCGGCUUCUCAGGGGUAUAAAGCUCCUGAACUUAUCAAAAUGAAGGAUGCAAGUGAAGAGACUGAUAUAUACAGUUUUGGGGUAAUUUUGCUUGAACUGCUUUCAGGAAAGGAACCAAUCAAUGAGAAUCCAACUGCUGAUGAGGACUUUUAUCUGCCAAAUUUCAUGCGAAAUGCACUCCUUGAUCAUAGAAUCCUCGAUUUGUAUCAUCCAGAUGUGCUCAUAAGCAAAAACGAUAGUCAUGAAAACCCAGUCACCGAAGAAUGCGUUCUCAAAUUCUUUCAGCUUGCCAUGUCUUGUUGUUCUCCUUCUCCUUCUCUUAGACCAAACACUAAACAAGUCUUACAGAAGCUUGAAGAAAUUGGAAGAUAGGAACUUUUGGCAUUGUGCUGAAAUUGAAAUUGAUAUUGGUGAUAGGCCAUUGUAAGGUUGAUUUAUCUAUAUUAAAAUUUUCUAACAUCAACAUCUUUGAUUGUGUGACAAUAGUGAUGACAAUGACAUAUGUAAGGAGCACAUGAAAAUUGUAUUUUUAUUAAAGCAAAAAGUUGAAAUUUUUUGGCUAUGGAACAAAGACUCUGGACAUUGUUGGAGAAAGUUUAUUGCUGGGUGGCAAAGGUUGCGUAUGUUUUAGCCAUAUAUCCAAAAAGCCUAGCGGAUUGGUGGUUGGAUUUGUUCAUUUUCAAUAUCAAUAUAUCGGCGGCACAACAUGGCGGAUCAAUUCUGGUCCCAACUUGAGCAUGUGGAGGCACAUAAGUUUGUGAGAAGAGCCAAAUUUUCAAUAGGAAAAUUGUAUGUUUCUUCUUGGACCUCAGCAGCAGGACCUCUAAAGUGUUUGGAUAUUUGCAUGAAGAAUAAAGUAGAACAUGUUACCUCUUCAAAGACUCGAAUGGCCCUAAAAUUUGCGGGGACUUUGGAGUGAAGCUGAUGUUUUUAUUCCUUCCAACAACAGGUCAGUGUCCAAACUCUAAUGCCAUGCCCAUAGUUGGCUUAAAUUUGCGGUUUUCAUGGUUGAUGAUUGGUUAAUUCUUUGACCCACUUCCUGAAAUACCAUAGUGUUAAUGCCAUUGCAAUAUUUUGCCUGAAGGAUCAUCGAUUUUCAGAUUUGUUCUGAUUAAUUAUGAACUUGUUAAUUGUAUAAUCAGACAAAUAAAUAUGCUUAUCAUAUAUCAGAUAUUCUCUGCAGAACAUUCUUAUGUUGAACCCUUCAAAUGUUUAGCUGUGAAGGGGAUUACUUAAUUCUUAAACUUUUAAAUAAUAAGUUAAGAUGGUACUUAUCCAAA